CUCAUCUGCUGGCUUACUGGCUGCCAUCUACGUGUAAAGAGGAAAAAAAAAAAAAUAUAUAAAAAAAUAAAAAAAAUCAACACACAAUAAGGAAGUGAACAGAAGCGGAAGUGGAGUCAUCACCUACAACAACACUGACAGUAUACAGACACUGCAACAUCAGCGAGACCUGCUGCAAUGAAUAAUAAAGGUAAGGAGGAGUCCUGGCACACAGACACUGACUGCCAGGGGUGGGGGGCACGGGGUGUCUGGGGGUACUUGUUAUUAACCCAUGGGUGAGGGUCGGGGGGGAUUUGGUGAUUGAUACAUUGUGACCCUGUCUGCAGGUAUGGGAGGGCUCUGUGUGUUUGAAAUGAGUGCUGGUAGUGGAGAGUGGGUUAUAGUUACUGGGCUGGGGGGUCUCUCGGUGUCUGUAGCAUGGGGCUGGCUCACACCUGCCCUGUUUACUGGAGUUUAGAGGAAUUUGGCAUGGUGGGUACAUGAAGCCCAACCCAAAGGCAGGUACCAUGAUGCUUUGCUAUUAACCCCUUCCUUGCCUCUCCAGCAUCACACCAUGGUAUGAAUAGUGUAGAAUGACGCACCCACUGGACACUGGGUUAUGUUCAAUCCGAAGACGCUGACUAAGCAGUAUGGAUAUAUUGUGUAAUGUCUAUAGAUAAUGAUGUAUGCUUUGUGGCAUUUCUAAACACUAUAAGAUAUUGAUGUCUUGUGACAUGUCUGGCCAUUUAUAGGAUAAUGCUGAAUGUCUGGACAUUUAUAGGAUAAUGCUGAAUGUCUGGACAUUUAUAGGAUAAUGCUGAAUGUCUUUUGGACGUCUGGACGGUAAAGAAUAAUGCUGGAUGUCCUUUGGAAUGUCUGGACAUGCAAUAUGUAAACUAUAGAAUAAUGCUGGGUAUGUGAUGGAAUGCCUGUACACCACGUGGACUACUUUGUCUUAGUAUAUUUCCUACGCCUGACGCUUCUAGACAUUGAGCGGAGGUACUGCUGUCUAGAAGUGUCAGUCCCCCCCUGCAAUUGCCUUUAUCUGUGGAGGAUCCUGCAAUCUUGACUGUUGUGCAUGCGCGGAUUACAGCAGUGUUAUCAGCUGGCUAGGAGUUGAAGAGGAUCUGCUGGAAGAAGAUGGUGGUGCCUUUCCCUGACCCAUGGCCACCGGACCCCCAGCGGCAAUGUCACUAUCAGGGGUCUUUGCAAAUAGGUCCCCGGAUAGUGAAAGUGUCCCUUUAAGGAAAUAUGCUCUGUUCAUUAUGGAAUCUCUAAAAGAAAAGUUAAGAAAUGACUAAGGUCUAUAUAAUAUUAAAGACGUUGGAGAAUGUCUGAGCUAUUGAAUACCAUUGCAUAUAUUAAAAUGCAUUUCUAGGUUUUGUAAUGCAUAUAUAGGAAAAUAGAUUCCAAUACCAGGAUUCCUAAUACCAAUCAGAACCAAAAAGUGCGAAAACAGAGUGGUAAACUGCGCCACAGAGGAAUACAAAGUGAUUAAAAAUAUAAAAAAUGGUAUAUACAUAUAUGGUAUAUAAUGGGAUAUUCCAGUAAUAUGAUGGUGUAUAUAACCCUUAAACAGAAUAAAAUAUAAACAAUAAUAGUGCAAUAUAUAUCCAUAAAGGAGAACUAUUUAAAAGACUAACUCACACUUUGCAGAGCUGCUAAGAGCUCUGCCGUAUAGCGCCUGGACGGUACAAUCCCCGUCUGGGAUAUAAGGAUAAUAGUGGGAUGUAAUAUCCAAUUCGCCACAGCCGUGUAUAUGUAUGAAAACAAAAACACAAAGAAAAUCCAAUGGUACAGUAUGUACUAAAUACUUGUAAUAAAAGAAAGGUAUCUUACUUACAGAUUCCAGAGCAAUGACUUGCUCUGGUGUUGAUAGCUUGUGGUGGUAUGAUCCCCAACAAGGGAUAUAGCAGGAUCCAAAGUGCAUCAGGAACAGGUAGGAAACCAGAGGGAUUAGGAAAAAAAACCUGUAACUCUGAAGAAGCCCAAACCCGGGCGAAACACGUUAAGUUAAUGAGAGAGACUGGAAGCUGACUUUUUUUAUACAUAGUUUUUAUUCUAUUUUUUUUAUUAUUUAAUAAAGUUAUACGGCAGAGCUCUUAGCAGCUUUGCAAAGUGUGAGUUAGUCUUUUAAAUAGUUCUCUUUUUUUUUUGGAUAUAUAUUCCACUUACUUGAUAUAUUGCACUAUUAUUGUUUAUUUUAUUCUGUUUAAGGAUUAUAUACACCAUCAUAUUAUUGGAAUAUCCUGUAUGUAUGUAUGUAUAUACUUUUAAUUUUUUUUUUUUUUUUAUAUAUUUUAAUCACAUUAUAUUUUAAUCACUUUGUAUUCCUCUGUGGCGCGGUUUACCACUCUGUUUUCGCAUAUAUAGGAAAAUAAAAAAUAAAGAACCAGAGGAAGACUCAGAGGAUAAGGCAGUCAAGGCACAAAUCUAAAGGGAGAGGAGCAACCCAGAAAAUAAAGCAAAAUUAGCUAAUAAGUGUAUAGAAGUUAAAAUCCAAUGAUAGCUGAUCCAAAAUACGUACUAGCUACCAUGAAGACAGGGGCCUAAACAUAAAGGUUGUUGAGAACGAGGGGGAGAGGGAAAACAGGAGGUCAAAAUAAAUAACCUAACUCCCCUGGAAGAGCCAGCACUUGGCGAAAAGCAUGUCGGGAUUUCUGUUAGCAGUGGUUAGGCAUAUUAUUAGGGAUGAUGCUGCAGCUACUUUGUCUAAUUAGGACCAGCCACCGCGCUUAGAUUUAUAUUUUGAUUUAUCAUCAUUUACUUUUAUUAUUUUUUUUUGUUGCUGGAGGGUACGUGGGAUUAGGGAUUUUCUCUAUUGUUUGGGAGGCUCUUGGAGCAUUAGCUCCUGUUAGGAGAUUUUUAAAGGGGUGCCCUCGACGGCACAUUAGGGCACUUCUUAGUGAUCAGAUACUAGUCCUUUUUCACUCAUCUCUUCCCCUGUCCACUCUGUACCUGCUAUUUGCAGUUAGGUUAUUUAUUUUGACCUCCUGUUUUCCCUCCCCCCUCGUUCUCAGCAACUUUUAUGUUUAGGCCCCUGUCUUCAUGGUAGCUAGUAUGUGUUUUGGAUCAGCUAUCAUUGGAUUUUAACUUCUAUACACUUAUUAACUAAUUUUUGCUUUAUUUUUUGGGUUGCUUCUCUCCCUUUAGAGGGCAGACUCGUGUGGACUUGAUUGCCUUAUCCUCGGAGUCUUCCUCUGGUUCUUUAUUUUUAAUUUUCCUAUUUUAUAGGGGUUACCCCCCGCCCCCAUAGUUAUGGGCAAACUGACAUACUCUCCCUGCUCUCAUUGUUUAAAUUGUAAUUCAUAUAUAGAAUUCGUUAUUUAAAAAUAUCCUUCGUAACUGCCUAAAAUCCGACAUUUGCUUACCUGCAAAACUUGUUUUUCCAGAUGAGCAGAACUAGACGUCACCCCCCAUCCUUUCUGUUUAUGUAUUUAUUUAUUUAUUUAUUAUUUACACAGCACAAACUUCUUUGUUAAUGCUUGGCUGUGACAAAUGAAAUGCUUCUUAGUGAAGCACUGAGCAGAACAUAUUAGGAACACUUGUGUAAAUAACAAUGUAGUUAAUUUACCCCUGACACAUUUAGAAACUAUAAAAACACACCUAAAAAUAGAUAUUAGUAAAACUAUGUAACAUUUUAUAUAAUGACGAAAUCCUCUGAUUAGUAUAUUUAUUUUUGACAUUAUAGUUUUCCUUUUUUUUUUUUUUUUGAUUCAUGCUUUUAUAAAUUUGGGGGAAAAAAACUAAACUUUUUUAAAAAGAACAAUCCCACCCCAUAACAAGUUCAUUUCUAUUAAAUUGUGGAGUGGAUCAGCACUGUCCUGCCCCAUUGGAGCAAAAAUGAUUAGGAGUUAUACCCCUGGAGCCAGCACAGCAUCCCUCAGUUUUCCUAUGGCUGCCAUACAGCACAGGAAGGUGAAAGGCUGAGAGUCAGCUGAUGCUGUCAACAUGUACUGUUGCAAUUAGCAGCCAGUAGCAGACUAUCACCUGUAAUUGGUGGUCAGGGAUAGGCUCUCAGCCUAUCACCAGCUGCCAUGCCAAAUCUUCUUGUACUGUCUGACAGCCAGUGGAGAAGACAGGAAUCUGGGGGAGACAUUUGUGGUUAGACUGUUUUGAAAUGGUUUAAGCCCCUUCAAUGUAAAAUGGCACCCAGUGGCUCUAGCCCCUAUGAUACUUUCAAUGUAGUGGCCUUGGUGCAGUGGUCCAGUGCUUGCAACCUUGUAUUGUUAAACAUUGCAGUUUCUAAGAUACUCUAAUGUUUACAUUGCUGGGUUAAAUCCCUCUCUGUCAUACUGGCAGCUACAAGAGGUGCUGCCGUGGCACUAAUUGAGUAAAUCUUGGGCACAUGAUGUGGAAACCCCCCCAUAGGAAAGCAUUUAUUCUCUGCUUUCCUAAGGGGAAGCUUGGAUGCACAUUCGCAUCAAAUCUCCAUUGCUCAUCUAUGAGGAGAAUUGAACAUUGGCCAAGGAGGCCAUGCCUCUUCUGUGAAGUCCCUGAAGGAGCCUCGGCACUGGAAAAAGGUAAGUAAAACCUUUUAUUUUUAUGGAAAAGGGGGUGGUGGGCACUGUUUUCAAACACAGACAGUUACACUAAAGCGUUAGAAAUGGGGAUUUGUAUUUCUUGUGAUUCAGUGUUCCUUUAAGGGGUACAGACUCCUCUCUUCAGCCAAGAUCAUCAGUUGUGGUGGUCUGGGUCCAAUCCAAUGCUUCUCAUGGAGAAGUACUGGUAACCUUAGGCACAUGCGGGGCAGUCGCUGUAGUCUGUCAGUCGGAUGCUUCUUAUAGAGAAGCAUGGGAUCCAAUGAGAUCUAUGAGAAGCAUUUUUAGUGUUUUUCACGUCACCAUGCUGUGUGUGAUGAUAACAGUGAAGACUUUCCUGAAGGCCUUGAAUUUGCAGUGAGUUGCAGAAAAUAUGCUACAGUUCUAUAAGUCCAUCAGUACUUGCUCUUCUCUGGUUUUAUAAGGUAAUUUAUGGGAUAUUCUGUAAUUAGUCCCAAUUUGUAUUGGUUCUCUCAUUUUCUGUUAUAUGUAGUUGGUCUUGGAAUUAAACAUAUACAUAGCUGAGAUCAUGAAUUAACCAUACUGCAAGUUGAAUAGUUUUAUUCCUGUUUUUUUCUGACAUAUGGUGGCAGUACAAUAGGGAUGUACUCUUUCCAUGGGACAAGCAUCUGAAAUGAAGUUAACAUAAACGUUCCUCCCCGAACAUGGCACCAGCUUGUCAUGGACCCUCAGUUCUCAUUCCAUCAGGAACGGACGGCAUCUGGAUUUUGUGGUGAGGCACAUGGGUUGCUGCCAGGGUGAACCGGCCUGAUAGCCUCCUGGGUGGAGAGCUUGAGUGGCCUGCGUACAUUCGGUAAGACUUACGGAGCAGGUAUUUUUAAUUUUAUUUUUUUAAAUUUUUUUUAUUUUUUAUUUGCUCUAUGCCGAGUGUGGUCACUGGCAAAACAAGGAGGAGGUCUCUAGCCGCAGCAAAUCCCUGCCUGAGUGAGACACAUGUGCAUGCCCGGGAGGUAAUGCGUUCCACCGGAGUUCCGACUGCGCAUGCGCUGUCGGAAUUCCUGGAAAUAGCGCCCACAUUUUAAUGAAUGCUACCUAUUUAACCCCUUAUGGACACAUGACGUGUGACAUGUCAUGAUUCCCUUUUAUUACAGAAGUUUGGUCCUUAAGGGGUUAAGCUGUGCAUAUCCUACUGACAGCAUGGAUGCUUGCCAGGAAGGAUUUCCCGUGUCACCAGCCCCCACCCCCCACACGGGUCAGAGGUUUUAGAGGUGAGAUUUUUUUCAGUCUCUGAUCUUCAAGACCUCGGUCUAUCUUGAUUUUCUUAAAUUUCUACAAUUUCAUAAAAUAGUGAAAUGGUGAAUAUACAGUAGUAAAAUAUGUGUGGUAGCAAGGAUAGCUACAUAAUUGCUUUAUGCUUUAUGUUGUGCAGAUAUGUCUAGUCCAGCCUCCCCAGAUAUUAUGGAUAAAGACAUGGUACUUAUACAGAUUGGAGAAGUCUCUGGACUUAAAGACCCUAUGGAUAAAAGGGCUGAAACGUCCAGCAGACAAGCAUAUCAAGCAUCAGGAGCUUCAGUGGCCAAAGCUCAGUAUUGUUGGAUUCAGGGAUUGGAAGACAGCCUGAUGGAUAACCAGGACAAAGAUCUCUCGCCUGUUCCACAAUUUAAAGUUAUCUACUGUAUAUCUGCUUGAUGUUAUCAUAGAGGUGAUUAAACUUUCUGCUCGUGUCAUGGGCCAUCUAUAGCCCGCAGGGCACUUUGUGUUAAAGCAUGGACGGCUGAUACAGCCUCAAAGUCUGCACUUUGUGAACUGCCCUUGGAGAGGAAGAGAUUAUUUGGUUCUCCUUUGGAAGAAUUAAUCCGGAAACCAAAAAAGCUCUCCCUCAGGACCGGAAGUAUGCCUGGAAGCCCAGAUACAAGAACUUCCAAUACAAUAACCGCAGGGUGUAUCAAGAAAAACCCAGGUUUUUUUCGUCAACCAAGGAAAGAUCCUAAGUUUGACGCAAAUAAAGACUUCAAGGCUGACAGAGCAAAAAGAUUCUGACACCAUUAGAGUAGGCGGACGAAUACAACAAUUUGCUCACAGAUAGAGACCACUGCAAAUCCAUGGACUUUUGAAUCUAGUUGCAAGAUAAUACAAAAUUAAGUUCUUAGCUAUACCAAGACCAAGUUUCCUUGUCUCCUCCUACCGUUCAAAACUGAAAAAACAAGCUCUAUUCUCCGCUACGGUUUCUCUUUUAAAGAAAGGUGUUGUAGAAAGAGUUCCAAGAACCCAGCUGUAUCAGGGUGUAUACUCUUGGUUGUUCCUGGUCCGAAAACCAGAUUUGUCCUUUCAUCCCAUUUUGGAUCUAAAAGAAUUAAACAGUAUUCCUUACCAGCAUUUCAGAAUGGAAACCAUUGCAUCAGUCACUCAUUCUCCAAAAUUGAGAUUUGAUGGCAACUUUAGAUUUGAAAGAUACCUACCUUCACAUUCCUAUGGACGUUGGUUCAAGAACGUACCUGCGAUUUACCAUAAGAAAGGGUCACAAGGUUCAUCACUUUCAAUUUCAAUUCAAAGCCCUUCCAUUCGGUCUUGCCUCAGCUCCCAGGAUUUUUACAAAGGUUCAAACGCCUAUUGCAGCCUUCUUAAGGGUUUAAGAUAUCAUGACUGGUUCAUAAAGGCAAAGUCAAGAGACGCUCUAGAGACGGAUGUGGCUUACACCCAAAAUAUUCUGGAAGAACAUGGUUGGGUGAUAAACCGAGGAAAAUCUCAUCUGCAUCCCACAAGGUCAAUUCAGUUUCUAGGGUUUUUGAUCAAGUCAGACACUCUUGCUAUUCACCUACCAGCGGAAAAAAGAAGAAAGCUAAAGAAGCUGACAAAAUGCUCUGUGAGGAAACUUAUGCAGGUGUUGGGACAGCUCACUUCCACUAUCCCAGCAGUAAAAUGGGCUAGAGCAGAAUUAAGGCCUUUGCAGUGGGAAAUUCUUCUAAAGUGGUCAAAGAAAGAAGACUUGGAUUCUUUAAUAAACAUUUCAGAUCCUGUAAGAAGACAACUAUAUUAGAGCAAAAAAACUGUUUCAUGUCAGAAGGUCUAACAUUUCGGCCAAAUAGAUGGGUCAUAAUCACCAUAGACGCUUCGAAUACAGUUUGGGGUGCACACCUACAGUAUCACUUAAGACAAGAUACAUGGUCAGAAGAAAGAAAAAAGGGAAUCCUCAAAUUACAAGGAGUUGAUAAGUCUUAUACGCUCUUCAACCAGACUACGGUGUCUUACCUGAACAAACAAGGGGGCACAAGGAUAAGAAAAUCGCACUCCCUUUGCAUGCAAAUUAUGUCCUGGGCUCAAAGUCAUCUAGAAGACACGUUAUUGCAGACGACUUAUGUAGAUCGAGAUGGUCCCAGAACGAGUGGUCUCUAAGUAUGGUCACUUUUUUUUUUUUUUUUUCAGCUGGUGAAGAUAUUCGGACUGCCUGUCAUCGAUCUAAUGGCAAGAAGGUCAAAUGCAAAGGUGAAAACAUUUGCCUCACUCUUCAAGGUACAUAUGCCUCUGGUUCUGGAUGGGCUAUCAAUCAAAUGGGACUUCACCCUGUCAUACAUAUUUCCCUCGGAGAGCCUAAUGCCAAGGAUCUUGAAAAAGGUGAAAUCAGAACAUGCAAAAGUAUUGGCCAUAAUCCCAUAAUGGCCAAAUCUGAGCUGGUUCUCGAUUUUAAUGAUGAUGGUUUUGAGGUACUGGGAACUUCCAGUUUCAACAGAGAUCCUGGAGAACGAAGGUAUUCCACUGGAGGUAUUGAAAAUGUUCAGGUUGACUGCUUGGCUGCUGCACGGCUAAUCCUGCAUAGCACGGGCAUUAUGAAGGAGAGAUUCAAGAUUCUGCUGAAUUCCACCAGAAGAUCUACCUCUGCCAUCUAUUGGAAAAUUUGGACGAAAUUCCUUCAUUGGUGCAUCUCAUCAUUGCCUGCGAGAUUCUCCUUUUACUGAUACUAUCUUGCAUUUUCUACAGGACGGCAUUAAAGGGGGGUCUUAGUUUAUCUACCCUCAAAGUUCAAGUUUCUGCUGUCAGCCAUUUUUUGGUAAAGAACUUGGCUUUGAAUCCUCUGACUAGGAGAUUCUUUUUAAGGCUGUCAGGCUGAUUAAGCCCCCUAGAAGAGUUUUUUUUCCCCUCUUGGGAUCUGAUCUGAUUUUUUUUUUUUUUUUUUAUAGGCUCUUUGUGCCCAUCCUUUCGAACCUUUGGAGCAAACCUCUUUAAAGCACUGGUCUCUAAAAACUGUUUUUUUUUUGGUGGCCAUAACUUCUGCUAAGCGGAUAGGUGAAAUUCAAAUCUGACUCUACCUGCCUACUUGAAAGCUCAUUAUACUAAAGCUAUGGCUGCCUCCUGGGCCGAAAGAGCACAUGCUUCACCUGAAGAUCUCUGCAGAGCCGAUACAUGGUCUUCAUUCAACACCUUAGUCAAGCAUUACAGACUAGACUUAUUCUUUGCUUUCAGGGAAAAGGUGUUCCAAGCGGUGAUUGCUUAAUUCCCGCCCAUAGCUCUGGGAUCUCGAUAUAUCCCUAUUGUACUGCCACCAUAUUUCAGGAAAAACUGCAAUUUUACUCACUGUAAAUUCCUUUUUCCGUGAUAUGGUGGCAGACAGCACUCCUUUUCUUUAUUAAUAAAUUUUGAUAUAUUAGGUCUCUGAUGUUUUAUUGGGACUUACUGCGGGUGCAUGGCAGGUUGGUGUCUUAUACCUGUUGGAGAAGGAAUGUUUAUGUUAAUUUUUUAUUUAUUUUUGUACUGCUACCAUAUUAAGGAAAAAUACAUUUACGGUGAAUUAAAUUGCAGUUUAUCCACGAAUGAAUCUAGGGGUAGGUGUUGAAUUAUAGGACAGGGAUUAAUUUGAUAUUAACAGUUUUUUUUUCCACUAAGAACAGCGGGAUUUGCUUGCCUUGUUUACAUGCUGCUACAUAAAUAUAUAAACUAGCUUCCUUUUGUAGUAAUGUCUGAUUAGAUAAUAGUAUAUUUACAUUAAUUUAUACCCUUCAGUGUGUUCUAUUGAGUUAAAUUAUUCUACCAGUUCUAGUUCCCCAUUGUUAUCAAUGGGAGCUCUAUGCAUAUACAUUUAUCCCCUUAUGGAUUGGGUAUUUCAGCAACUGAGAGAACUGAAUCCUGCAUCAUGGGGAAAAAAAGCAUGAAUGCUGCUUACCAGGCUGGCUCCCCCUCUACCCCCUUUUUGUUUCAUGAAGGAAGCUACUUACGGCCAUGCAUACAUGAGGUCACUCUUUUAUUAAAGCGCAUUGAAAGACCAUGCUAGUUAUACUUCACUUGUGGUGCUGCAAAGCAGAGAAGACACUCACUGCUGUAAUUAAUGAAUUAACAUGAAAAAGAGACGCCACUCAUGUUAUAUCAGCUGCUCAAGUGUAUAUCUGCACAUCGGCUAGCUAUGCAGGGAUGUGCAAGAGUACUGUCAGUGCACCUGUGUUUUACAUACCUAUGUACUGUAGGCUAAAACAAACAUCACUGCUAACAAUAAUAGCAUUUCCAUGCCCUCUGUUUCCCUUGUGGAAACAAUGCUCAUGGUGACUGCUGCAGCAUCAUGCCUUACUAAUUAUGGUGAACAUGUAGCUCACAUGACUGAGUGUCAAAAUGACAGUAACCCUUUAAUCAAUUCAUACAUUUUCUCAAAACAGCUGUUGGCUAUUGCAGUGAGAAGGCAGCGGUGUUUGUCUGCAUUACCACCCAUGUUACUGCAGUGCAGACAUUCACACAAGCAGUGUUUCAGUAUUCCUUUCUAGAAUCACUUGGUGGAGGUCUGAAGUGCGCAUCAGCCAAUGGUGUCGCAUCUAGGCAUUUGCACCUUUCUAUAGCAAUCAUUGCAAGUAGUCCAAGGAGAGACACACUCCAGGAAGUCACAUUUUCACAUACCUAGCAGUUGCUCAUAUUACCUGGGGCUUACCCGUUAUUAGGUAAUGGAACUGACAUUUAACUGGUAAAGAAUACAAAUAUGCAUUCAGAAGGUGUGUCACAGGAAAGGUUAAGUGACACCACCAAAAAUAAGUCGUACAAGUGCACAUUGUAAACUUAUUUGCCCUGUGUUUUAAAGUUAAAGAUGGGUCAUGCAUCUCUCUAAAGGUCUGCUAACCGUUUCCAGUACUCAAAAGCUCAAACUUUGUGUCAUUACUUAAGGUGACUGUUAUCUUUCAUUUUCAAGUUGCACAGUUGAAGUAAAUAAAGCCUGUUAACACUGUGAUACUGCAAACAGGUAGGGAAAGCCAUUGAACUGGGAGAGACAGGCAGAGUGGUUCCUGCUGUGCCGUACACCAUGAGUAACAAGAAGUCCAUAAUAUAGCAGGGCUGCACAUGGUCCCAUCUGGUGCCAGUGAUGCAGUCCUAAUAUGUCCUACUAAUUACUUCCUUUAUGUAACAUAGCAUGUUUGUAGUGGGGUGGAAUAUAUUAAUUUUUCUUUUCCCUCUAAAAUAAUAAUAAUAAUAAUAACAACAACAAAAUAGUUAACCAGGAAAGGUACAUUAAGAUUACUCUGGUUUUCAAGUAGGUCCUGGGGAUGUUGGCUUAGCCCAACAUCCAGGGGUUGUUACUAUUACCCAAUUUAAUGGUACUCAUUUUAUUUACCUCGGAAGGAUGAAGGGCUGAGUCAAACUUGCAACCCAAGGGUUGAACGGAUUCUACUGGUGAUGCAUUAGUCCACUGAGCUAUCUCACCGGCUUAAAAUCAUGUUACAUCAUUAGCCCCAACCCAAGCCCCAAGGAGUAUUCAAAUGACAAAAUAGAAGCACUGCGAGCACCAUUGCCAUAAUGGCUAUGAUGCCAGCAGUGCCCUAGAGCCCAAUCCAUUGUAAGUGUCCAGACUACAAAUGGGUAAGAGCCAGAAGCUCGUAAGCAGUGCAGGGCUUAGCUCAGGAGAGCUAACAGAAGUUCUUGCUUUGGAGCUUCUGGCUCUCUGGCAUUAGUAGGCAAGCAUGGAGCAGCGCCAGCAGACCACCAGAAAGAAUCCAACAGUUCAAAAACAGUUUUAUUACUUACAUUGUGGUGUGCCAGGGCACUACUUCCUAAUAUUAGAAAUGAGCUGUAGUGGUUAUGGUGCGUGGGGUGUUCCUUUAAGGCAGGGCUCGACAAAUGUGCUUUCAAUCUAGGAACCAGCUAAAAAAAGUUAGGAGACAGGUUUUUUUUUUCAAUGACAAAAAUACAGUUCCUAAAGGAACACCAAGGUUACCAGAACCACUACAGCCUAAUGUAAAUGCUGCCUUUUUUUUUGUUAAAGGACCACUCUAGGCACCCAGACCACUUCAGCUAGGAUUAACCCAUUUUUUUAUAAACAUAGCAGUUUCAGAGAAACUGCUAUGUUUACAAAUGGGUUAAUCCUUCCUCCAAUUCCUCUAGCGGCUGUCUCAUUGACGGCCGCUAGAGGCGCUUGCGUGAUUCUCACUGUGAAAAUCACAGUGCGAGCACGCAAGCGUCCAUAGGAAAGCAUUGUAAAUGGGAGGAGAGGAGGAGGAGAGCUCCCCGCACAGCGCUGAAAAAAGGUAAGUUUUUACCCCUUUCCUCUCCCCAGAGCCGGGCGGGUGGGGGCACCCUCAGGGCACUAUAGUGCCAGGAAAACAAGUAUGUUUUCCUGGCACUAUCGUGGUCCUUUAAUCAUCUGUUUGAAGGAUAGCUAACAGGAGGGACACAAUAAUGAUCAGAUCAGGAGAACUCAAUGAUGGUAAGAAUAGUUGUUGAUUUGUAAUAUAUUUUCAAACGAGUAAAUGUUUAAUCUCAGUCGUUGUUCAGGCUGCUGGGCUUAUAGUUUAACAGCCAUUUAAAGUGAAGAAAUCAUACUAAAGAGUUACUGAAUAACCUCUUUAUUUAAAUAUGCAUAGGGAUUUGGGCUAGUGCGCAGGUAACUUUUUUUUUUUUUGCUUGUUUUGUAUGUAUUUGGGCUGAUGUGUUCUAUGGUCGUUGCUACCGCCAAGGAGUAGUGAGAGUUUAAAUGCAGGACUUUUAUUUUUGUGUAUAAGCCAUUUAAAGUGGAUUGGGAGGUAAUCAGCUACCUGCUCUCUCCCCAUGCCAGUUUGUAUGAAGUUUACAAAAAGAAUCUGCAGGCUUAAAUAUGAAACGCUUGUUUAAGAGUCUCGGACAGGCUCUAUAUUGCAGAUAUAUAGGUUCUCAGAAAAAUUUGAUUGCCUAUCUGCCCUUUCGAGCUUAAAGGACCACUAUAAUGCCAGGAAAACAUACUCGUUUUCCUGGCACUAUAGUGCCCUGGACCCCUCCCGCAGGGAAGGGGUUAAACUUAUGGACAUGUAGGAGAGAAAAUAGACCGCAAAUAAGUGUAGAUUAUAAGUAAUAUUAACCCUGCACUGUAAUCAGUUACACUUACAAGUUAAUAAUGAUAUAAAAGCAUGUCAUAAAGUAUCCUCCACAGCCAUCCUCCUUCAAUUGAUGAUGAAUAAACAAAAUAGGGGGAAUACUGUGACUAAAAAAUAUUUAUUAAAUAAAACAAUAAACAAACUGUUAUAAGUAAGCGGACUAAAAGUUCUCUCUACAAACAUCCAACCCUACGCGUUUCGUCCUCUAUACACCGGACUUCCUCAGGGGUAUCAGGAUCUCCCGUGCAGCAUCAACCUUUCUUUUCGGCGUGGUUAAAUAGCCCGAUCAAACUCCCGCCAAAAACCGCCUCCAAUCAGCGCUUCCUUGUUCCGGUUGUCUUCACAGCGUUCCAAGCCUCAUUUUCAUAUCACAUUCUUAUGCGCAUGUGCGUAAUCGGCAAUUUCAAAUCAAUUUAUUGUGGUGCCUUUGGAUAAGGGUGUGGAUUCUAAUAUCACAAAGACUUUCUUCAUUUCCCUUUCCUUCUUUUUGAUGUACAGUAAUAUGAACUCCCUUUGAAUGCAAUUUUAAUAAAAUGUUGCUUUUUGUUAUACUGUUUUUAUGAACUGAUUGUGUAACAAAAUAUCUCUCUUUGUCAUAUAUCACGUUCGAUGAGUUUUUUUUGUGAUGAUUCAUGGAGGAAGGGAGGACUUUUUAUGAACAUUUGGAUCGAUCGUGAACCUCUUUGAAAUUGCCGAUUACGCACAUGCGCAUAAGAAUGUGAUAUGAAAAUGAGGCUUGGAACGCUGUGAAGACAACCGGAACAAGGAAGCGCUGAUUGGAGGCGGUUUUUGGCGGGAGUUUGAUCGGGCUAUUUAACCACGCCGAAAAGAAAGGUUGAUGCUGCACGGGAGAUCCUGAUACCCCUGAGGAAGUCCGGUAUAUAGAGGACGAAACGCGUAGGGUUGGAUGUUUGUAGAGAGAACUUUUAGUCCGCUUACUUAUAACAGUUUGUUUAUUGUUUUAUUUAAUAAAUAUUUUUUAGUCACAGUAUUCCCCCUAUUUUGUUUAUUCAUCAUCAAUUGAAGGAGGAUGGCUGUGGAGGAUACUUUAUGACAUGCUUUUAUAUCAUUAUUAACUUGUAAGUGUAACUGAUUACAGUGCAGGGUUAAUAUUACUUAUAAUCUACACUUAUUUGCGGUCUAUUUUCUCUCCUACAUGUCCAUGAGUUCGUACUGAGGAUUCCCUUCUAUCCAGUGCUCCAUUAUUGAGAUAUGCCUACUAUAAAUUUAUGCCUGUGAGUGUAAUCAAACUAGCAGGGAUUUGAUGUAUUUUGGCUUUACUACUCUAUGAGUUUUUAUUUUUCUGUUCUGUAGAUCUUUUCUGUUUCUAUUAUAUUACGAGGACUGGGAGGAGUCCUAUUUGUUCUACAGUUUGGAAUUAAUUAGGUAUUUGUAUACCUGUUUGUGUGUUUGUUCCUCUAAUUGGUGAUUAGUGUUUUUUGUAUAUAAGGGGUUAAACUUACCUCUUUCUCCAGCACCGGGCGGGGAGCUCUCCUCUCCGCCCCCUCUUCGGCUGCAUGCGCGGCAAGAGCUGCGCGCGCAUUCAGCCAGUUCAUAGGAAAGCAUUCACAAUGCUUUCCUAUGGACGCUGGCGUCUUCUCACUGUGAAAAUUACAGUGAGAAGCGCGCAAGCCCUCUAGCUGCUGUCAAUGAGACAGCCACUAGAGGCUGGAUUAACCCUAAUAUAAACAUAGCAGUUUGUCUAAAAGGGGUUAACCCUAGCUGGACCUGGCACCCAGACCACUUCAUUAAGCUUAAGUGGUCUGGGUGCCUAUAGUGGUCCUUUAAUCUGAAACUAUUAAAACCUAAAACACCCAAUUAUUUUCAUGUGACCAAUAAAUGUUUCAGACAUAGUAGCUCAGCUGUUUUACCUGCUGCUGUGAUUGGCACCCAAGGAUUAUCUGCAGAUAUCACCAGUUUUUCUAGAGUUAAAAGUAAAUUCUCUAUUGUGUUUUCGGAAUUUACACAGUAAUGCCUCGGGUUUUAGUCCCGCACUCUCAAGCUGCAGCAAUACAGCUUGUCCUCGGUUAACACGGUGAACACUGGCAGGAAAAAGUGGGCACUGUGCCAUGCAGCCAUAUGCCACUUUCUGCUAUUUCCUGCACGCAGUGCUCACUAUACAUCCUAUAUUCACAUGCAGAGCUGGAAAGCAUUCAAGAAAUAUCUCACUGUGAUUUACUGCAUCAGUUACAAAAAAAAAACCCAGACCUAAAAUGAAUCAAGGUAUCGGUUAAUUUAAUGGCAGUAAUAAAGACUUCAACAUUUUUUUUAUUUUUUUUAAUAUAAGCCUGCCAAUCUUUAUUUUACAGUAUGUAGUGUUUCUGCAGUUUCUGUUUAGUUUACUAUAACUUUCUCUGUGAUGCUACACUGAAACUAAAUAGUGUGUGUCUUGCUAUCACCAAGGCUGCUCCACCAAGAGAGUGAGAAAGAGGGCCCCAGGGAAUUGUAGUCAAAACAAAUAUGUACAUUACAAGUUCCCUCUAUACAACUAGAAUUAGUAUGCUGUUAGAUGCCACUGUAGAAAUUAAAGUGAUUCUCCCCUUUUCUUAAAUGAAAACCGUCACCAUUGUCACUGCUUAACCAGCUGACCAUGUAGGUAACUGAGAGCAUGUUAUUGAAUUGGGAUAACAUGCACAAACCGCAGGUUGUGCCUUAAGAACUUGAACAGCAAAACCAUUACAGCCAGUUGGAUAAGUGGUGGCUAUUUUGUAACAAGAUUAGAUGCUCUGGAAAUGGGUAUUAACUUAUACAACGCACAUGCUAUAUUACCUGUUAUCUUUUAUUUACAAGUUUUAUAAAAUAGUAAUAUUAUAACAAAUUGACUGUAGACUUUCGAGUAGAUAUAAAUACAUAAUCUGAAAAGUUUAUUUUUAGGGGAGGUUUUAAAAAUGUUCUAAUUUAUUAUAGUUUUCUUAAGGUAAUCUAAAUAUUGCGUAUUUUUUUUUCCAACAGUUAUUUUUGGCACCUCUGCGAUUAUGUACCAUUAAAGGCUUGCUUCAUGACCAAACAGACUGCUAAGAGCCUUUGAAUGGCACUUUAACGGCACACUCUAGGCACCAUGACAAUGGGCUAUAGUGGUACUUACUUAGUUACUUUAAACUGGUGCCCAUCUGAUGGUUGCUAGUAACACAUUCCUCCUGGGUGUCAUGUAUUCAUCCACACAUAAAAAUGUGAUUAAUGGUAUUAAUUGUUCUGACAGGAAAAGUUGUGCCUAGCUGCAAUCAAUCCACAGGAGGGUUUGUUCUGAGCAGCAAUUAUGCAAAUAAGAACCUGGUAACUGCCUUUGGGGUCAAAGGCCGGUUACAACCAAUCGGAUCCACAGGCGGGGUAUAUAGGCCCAGUUCUCCUCUUGCUCAGUGCCCUGUCGUGGUUUCCCUUGCAGUUGUCAGAGAGCACGUUAUUGAUUCUGGUUAUUUGACUUUGGCGUUGAUUUUGAUCCCUGACCCCUGGCUUUUCCUUAUUGGUGUGUCCCUUGACCUUGGCUAUUCUUUGGUACAUUAGACCGGCCAUUAUAAGGUCCGGUAUACGUUACCUAUCAGUCCUCUGUGUUACACAAUUCUACGUGCUGGAUCAUACUGUAAUCCUGACACUCGGACCUUCAGAAAGGACGUACAAUGUUAGAGGUUUUAAAUCUCACACUCAAUAUUUUCUACCACAGGUAGAAUAAAUAAACCUAUAAAGGAACACUCUAAGCACCAUACAGUAAGGGGGAAAUAGUAUUUGAUCCCCUGCUGAUUUUGAAACGUUUGCCUACUGACAAAGAAAUCAUGAGUCUAUAUUUUUAAUGGUAGGUGUAUUUUAACAGUGAGAGACAGAAUAACCAAAAAAAUCCAGAAAAAUGCAUGUCAGAGUAAUAAAUAGAUUUUCAUGUCAAUGAGUGGAAUAAGUAUUUGACCCCUUUGACUUUGCACUUGGUGGCAAAACCCUUGCUUGUCAAUCUGAGGUCAGACGUUUCUUAAAGUUGGCCACCAGGUUUGCACAUAUCUCAGGAUGGAUUUUGUCCCACUCUUCUUUGCAGAUCCUUUCCAAGUCAUUAAUGUUUCGAGGCUGACGUUUGGCAACUCGAACCUUCAGCUCCCUCCACAGAUUUUCUAUGGGAUUAAGGUCUGGAGACUGGCUAGGUCACUCUAGGACCUUAAUGUGCUUCUUCUUGAGCCACUCCUUUCUUUCAUGCUGGAAUAUCCAUCCACGACCCAUUUUCAAUGUCCUGGCUGAGGGAAGUAGGUUUUCACCCAAGAUUUGACAGUAUAUGGCCCCGUCCAUCGUUCUUUUGAGGUGCAGUUGUCCUGUCCCCUUAGCAGAAAAACAACCCCAACGCAUAAGGCAGCAUUCCUCCUCCUCUAAACACGGCGAGUUGAUGCCAAAGAGAUCAAUUUUGGUCUCAUCUGUCCACAACACUUUCACCCAGUUCUCCUCUGAAUCAUUCAGAUGUUUAUUGGCAAACUUCAGACGGGCUCGUACAUGUGCUUUCUUGAGCAGGGGGACCUGGCGCUGCAGGAUUUCAGUCCUUCACUGCGUAGUGUGCUACCAAUUGUUUUCUUGGUGACUAUGGUCCCAGCUGCCUUGAGAUCAUUAACAAGAUGCUCCUGUGUAGUUCUGGGCAGAUUCCUCAGCAUUUUCAUGAUCAUUGAUACUCCAAAAGGUGAGACAUUACUUGGAUCACCAGACCGAGGGAGACUGACAGUUAUUUUGUGUUUCUUCCAUUUGCGAAUAAUCGCACCAACUGUUGCCACCUUCUCACCAAGCUGUUUGGCGAUGGUCUUGUAGCCCAUUCCAGCCUUGUGUAGGUCUACAAUCUUGUCCCUGACAUCCUUGGACAGCUCUUUGGUCUUGGCCAUGGUGGAGAGUUUGGAAUCUAGUUGAUUGAUUACUUCUGUGGACAGGUGUCUUUUAAACCUGUAAGAGAGUGCUCCUAAUCUCAGCUAGUUACCUGUAUAAAAGACACCUGGGAGACAGAAAUUUUGCUGUUUGAUAGAGGAUCAAAUACUUAUUUCACUCAUUGACAUGGAAAUCCAUUUAUAACUUUUUUGCCAUGCAUUUUCUUUGUUUUUUGUUAUUCUGUCUCUCACUGUUAAAAUACACCAUAUACUACCAUUAAAAUUAUAUACUGAUCAUUUCUUUGUCAUUGGGCAAAUGUUCAAAAUCAGCAAAGGAUCAAAUACUUUUUUUCCCCUCACUGUAACUGCUGCAGCCUGCUGUAGUGGCUGUGAUGCCUGGAGUGUCUAGCUGCUGUCCAGUGGUAAGAUGUCAAACCGUUUCAGCAUGCUUUGACAACCUAAUUAGGUCCUCCGGGUAUCUGCACUGUAUGCUGUCUUCUCUUGCAGAAGAGGUCAUGUGCGCAUUGGCUGAGAGUGCUCAGCUGAUCUUUUUACCCAAUGAACGUGGUCCUGCUUUGUUUAAUAGAGUAAUCUUCUGCUGGAGAAGAAUGUAUGCUGCCCUGGCACUUGGCAAGUUGUCAGACCAUGCUAUAACUGUUUGACAUCUUGCUACUGGACAACUUCAGGGCACGCCUGGCACCAUAACAAACUACAAUGAACUGUAGUUGUUAUGGUGCGUUGAGUGUUUCUUUAAUCAUUGUUUGGCAACUUAAUGCAUUGGAUGUCUGAUAAAUACACUCUAUUAAUAUGCAAAAACCUAUUUGUAAAUGCUAACCAAAUAUUUCCUGCUUAGACUAUGGCACAAGCCUUCAUUCUUUCUGUCUGCGUUCAUCCUAUUGGAGCUCCAGUGAUUAUCUACAAUUGAGGCUGCUACAAGGCCGCCUCUUAUUUGUGCUUUGCAGUAGAACCUGUACAUGUUAUGGCUCUUUCUUCUUGCUUUCUGUAGAAGAGCUUGUAUGGCCAUCAUGAGCAAUCGCUGGGUACCUUCACAUGUAAAGACCAAUGUGUAGACCAGUCAUGUCCAAAGUCUGUCCCGCGGGGCAAUUGCGGCCCAUGUUUCUGUUUAAUAUGGCCCCACAGGUAGUUUGGCUAAUCUACCUGUUGUGGCCCCCAGUGAAUCCCCGAGCGCCGCUCAGGACCCCUGGGAUCUCUGGAUUUUUGAACACUGCGGUCAUGAGCGGUGCUCAGGGAUUCACUGGGGGCCAAAAGCUUGCAAGAACGCAGACGGAUGUGUAGUGACCUCAGUCUGCGUUCUCGCGAUUUCUUGGACGUCGCAGGAUCUCGUGGACGUCAUGUCAUUCGCGGCAUUUGGUUCCUUCUCCUGGCACAGAAUAAAGAGAGAAGGGAGAGAAUAAAGAGAUGAAAUUAAAAGUAUGCCGUAUGCAAUAAACUUUGCAUAAAAUAGUUAAUUUGCAUUAAAUUUUAGUUCACUUCAUCAAAUCUGGCCCUCUUUGAAAAAAGUUUGGACACCCCUGGUGUAGACUAUGCAAGUAUGUAGAGUGUAUUUAUUGCAGACAGGGCCGCCACCAGAAAUUUUGGGGCCCCUAACUCAGAUCAGGGUCUGGGGCCCGCCACCAAAUACCGCCCACAGGAAUACACACACACACACACUGAUACAAAAGAACACUGAUACAAAAGGACACAGGUACACACAUACUGAAACAGACAUACACGCAUACAGGCACAUGUACUGAGACAUACACCCAUAUACAGACACACAUAGUGACAGACAGACGCAUACAUACAGACACACAUGCAUGAGGACAUAAAGACCCAUACAUUCACAAUGGCAUACAGACAUACGUUCAGAAUGAUAUGCAGACAUACAUUCAUACUGACAUACAGACUUGCAUAUAUACAUACAUAAUGACAUACAUUGAUACUGGUGUGUGUGUGUAUAUGUAUGUAUGUUUGAAUACAAAGAAUUUUUUUUCUCAUCUUUUCAUGGGGGGGGGGGUGUGUGUGUGUGUGUCCCCAAUGAAAAGAUGAGAAAAAAAUUCUUUGUAUAUAUAUACAGACAUGCAUGCAUAGACCUAUAUACACACACAGCUCAUUUUCCAGGCACCCUCCUGUUUCUUACCUUUUCUUUGCAGGAAGGCGGCUGGGGCUGAUAAGAGUGGGCGUGGCUCUCCCUCACUGUCGCGCGCGAAGUGAACUGGGAGGAAGUGACCACUUCCUCCCAGCAGCACUUGCUGCGGCUGCUUUUUCUUUUUUUCUUUUUUUUAAAGGGGCCCGGUCUCGCUAUACCACGGCCACAGCGCUGACCAGGCCCUGGAGAUAUAGGGCUACACGUGGGGCCUGUGACAACUGUUAUGAUUGCAGAUGUGUAACAAAACAGAAGGAAAUUAUGGAUGAAUAAAGAACACCUAGUAAUACUUCUGAAAUUGUUUCAAUCAUUAACUUGCAACACUAAAAAUAGUCAUACCAAGUGGAUAAGGGUAACUCUCUAGCUAAGCACUUUGCAAAUAAUAUCCGUGUUUAAUAGUCUGGGUAAACACUUUGUGACGGUAGUCACCAUCAACUUGGGUUUCAUAUGGACAUUUUAUGGUGGACCCUGGACUAUUCCUAUGUUUAAGUCACCCUGUGUCCAUUGUGGGUGCGAGGUGGUUGUUUGGGUUUAGAGGGACACUAUAGUCACCAGAACAACUACAGCUUAUUGAAUUUUUUCUGGUGAGUAGAAUCAUUACCCUCAGGUUUUUGCUAUAGACACGGUCUUUUCAGAGAAAAUGCAGUCUUUACAUUACAGCCUAGAGAUAACUUCACUGGCCACUCCUCAGAUGGCUGUUAGAGAUCCUUCCUGGGUCAUGGCUCCCUAAAAUGCAUCCAAACAGUCCGGAUCUCCUCCCUCUGCAUGCAGACACUGAACUUUCCUCAUAGAGAUUCAUUGAUUCAAUUCAUCUCUAUGAGGAGAUGCUGAUUGGCCAGGGCUGUUUGAAUCGUGCUGGCUCUGCCCCCGAUCUGCUCUCUGUCAGUCUCAGCCAAUCCUAUUGGGAAGCAUUGUGAUUGGAUCAGGCUACCACUUCUGAUGAUGUCAGCAGACUGCUUGUUUUUCUGAGGCAAACAGCAUGCAGAGUUACAGCUUCAGGCUUGAAUACAGUAAGAUUUUGCUAUAUUUAUGGAGGCAUGAGGGGCCCAGGGGAGCUAGAUGGUGGUUUUAAAGCUAUAGGGUCAGGAAUACAUGUCUGUGUUCCUGACCCUAUAGUGAUCCUUUAAAUGUUAGUGUGUUCUCCUGUCUUGCUAAAGCUUGCAAUCAACUAGUUGGGUUUGGCUGUGGAGCCUGUACAGCGCCACCUAUUGGUUGCAAGGAUCUUGCAAUCGCUGUAUGCACUAGCUGAAUAGCAAGGAUUUCUAAUUUGCAUAUUCGGGUAGAUUUGCAUAUUGCUAAUAGUGCAGACAGAGAUAUGUUCUGUUAAUUAAUGUCUUCCCUAUCCCGUUAUAAAUAUAUUAUGCUAUUAUAAUUUCCUGUGUAUUUUGUGACAUGUUUUGGUUAUUUAAAUCUUAUUAUGUUUGUCACAGCAAUGUAUAUGUAAUGAACGUAUUGACUAGUCCCAAGUAAAAUAAAGUAUUGUAUGUUCCAUUUGGAAUAGUGUCCUGUGUGGAUUUUUAGGGAUCCUAGCCACAGAGAUGUCGUACCAGUUGGCUGGCUGAAUGAUCACUCUAGCUCUGGGAUAAAUCAAGAGUGUUAGGCCUAAGAGCCGCAAGUGCCUUUUGUUAAGGCAAUAGAAAUCACAUUGCCGGCAGAGAGGAAACUAUACCUACCUGGAAGGAGAGUUGCUGCCUUGUCGGGUGGCAACGCUCCAGAAGGACCUCAGUCAAGCCACGGCGACUGGGGCAGAAGAGCGGCAGUUUUCCCUGGUUCCAGUUGGGAAGCGAUCCUGGGCAGAGGAACCCAGCCUGGGUACAGCUCUGCUACACACUUUUAUAUAGUCAAAUUCUGUACAAAUAUUAAGGUUAUUCAACCAGCUAAUCACCCAACACCGGUAUUUUGGGUGUCACAAACUAAUGAAUAGUGGAUAUUCCUAGUUUGGCAUUAUUAUAUAUAUAUUUAUCUCUUAAUGCCAGUAUGGUAUGCCGUAUUAUACAGAAAUGGGUUGUUAAACCAGGGAGCAUUUAAAAGGGUUAAUUAACUGCCUGACUGAUAUCACUCAAGUUUAAUCAAUUAAAGCAGGCUUCCCCAAGCUCUGGCUCUCCAGAUGUUGCUGAACUACAACUCCCAUGAUUCUAUAAAUGAAAUAGGAUGAGAAUCAUGGGAGUUGUAGUUCAGAAACAUCUGGAGGGUUGGAGUUUGGGGAAGCCUGAAUUAAAGGAACACCAAGCACUAUAACUACUACCCGCCUGUGGCUGCAUAACCUGGUCUGUAGAGCUAAGCAAGGACGCUCAUAUUGGCUGACCGGGUCAGCUGAGUGUUCUCACCCAAUAAACGCAGCCCUGUAUAGGUCCGUGCUUUACUCAUUGUAGAGGUCUGGCUUUUCCUGUAGGAAAAGCCGGAUGCAGCGGGGCACCCAGGGGACUUGGGUGAGUUGUCUUUGUUUUUAAAUUGUUUGACAGAUUAUACUCUUAGAGAAAUCUAGGGCAUUUUGGAGCCAGGACCUCUAUUGGACCUUGAAGUGUUCCUUAAAUAUUAACUCUGGCAUGACUCGUUGCUGAAGAAGUUAAAUGUGAGGUCUUCAUUCUUUAGAAAUAAAAUUGUAUUGUCCUAUUCUUACAAUGUAAUGUCUGUCCUUGUCUUGUCAUCCCUCUCUACAGGACAGUACCCAACACCCCCAGCCUAUCCCACCCAGACUCCUAAUCCUCAAUCUGUGUACCCACCAACCAUGCAUCUUUCACAAGCUCCUCCUUACACCGAUGCUCCACCGGCUUACUCAGAGGUAAUGUAUGAUACCAUUGAAAUUAUAUCAUCCUAUGUAUGUGUUUGGGUCAUAUAGCUUGCUGAGCAUCAUGGUAGGUAGAUGUCUGAAACACCUGGAGUUCUACACAGCAAUUACCCCCAAAAUAGAGAAUGAGGUGGAAGCCAAAUAUGAACUAGACAUUUGAAUUAAAUGCAAAUUUCCCCUUCAGUUUAAAGAGCAACCCACAAACAUGUAUUUCUAAUGUUAUUCAUUCAGUGGUUACAGGAAGGUGUGUAAAUCUAAACCUGCAGAAGAAAACUGUUUUACAUGCCUUCUAUCUGACAAUGCACUUGUCUCACUUUGGCCACUGCUCCACCCUUCUUGGCUGAGAUCAUCAUUGAUAAUGACCUCAGCCUAUCCACUGCUUCUCCAUAGAGAAGCAGGGUCAUAGUGGGAAUGUUUCAGGUCACACAAAAUGCUCUCUAAUGUAGGAGGGACUUCAUAUUCAGUUUAGCUAUAAAGCUUCCAUGUAACUGUAAAAAAUCCAGAAAAACGCAUGUCAAAGUAAUAAAUUGAUUUGCAUGUCAAUGAGUGAAAUAAGUAUUUGACCCCUUCAACUUAGUACCUGGUGGCAAAACCCUUGUUGGCAAUCAGAGGUCAGAUGUUUCUUGUAGUUGGCCACCAGGUUUGCACAAAUCUCAGAAUGGAUUUUGUCCCACUCCUCUUUGCAGAUCCUCUCCAAGUCAUUAAGGUUUUGAGGCUGACGUUUGGCAACUCGAACCUUCAGCUCCCUCCACAGAUUUUCUAUGGGACUAAGGGCUGGAGACUGGCUAGGUCACUCUAGGACCUUUAAUGUGCUUCUUCUUGAGCCACUCCUUUGUUGCCUUGGCUGUGUGUUAUGGAUCAUUGUCAUGCUGGACUACCCAUCCACAACCCAUUUUCAGUGCCCUGACUGAGGUUCUUACCCAGGAUUUGACGGUGGUGAUAGUGUUCUUGGGGUCAUAGGCAGCAUUCCUCCUCCUCCUCCUCCAAACACUGCAAGUUGAGUUGAUGCCAAAGAGCUCGAUUUUGGUCUCCUCUGUCCACAACACUUUCACCCAGUUCUCCUCUGAAUCAUUCAGAUGUUUAUUGGCAAACUUCAGACGGGCUCGUACAUGUGCUUUCUUGAGCAGGGGGACCUGGCGCUGCAGGAUUUCAGUCCUUCACUGCGUAGUGUGCUACCAAUUGUUUUCUUGGUGACUAUGGUCCCAGCUGCCUUGAGAUCAUUAACAAGAUGCUCCUGUGUAGUUCUGGGCAGAUUCCUCAGCAUUUUCAUGAUCAUUGAUACUCCAAAAGGUGAGACAUUACUUGGAUCACCAGACCGAGGGAGACUGACAGUUAUUUUGUGUUUCUUCCAUUUGCGAAUAAUCGCACCAACUGUUGCCACCUUCUCACCAAGCUGUUUGGCGAUGGUCUUGUAGCCCAUUCCAGCCUUGUGUAGGUCUACAAUCUUGUCCCUGACAUCCUUGGACAGCUCUUUGGUCUUGGCCAUGGUGGAGAGUUUGGAAUCUAGUUGAUUGAUUUACUUCUGUGGACAGGUGUCUUUUAUAGAGAGAAAAAGACACCUGUAAGAGAGUGCUCCUAAUCUCAGCUCGUUACCUGUAUAACAGACACCUGGGAGACAGAAAUCUUGCUGAUUGAUAGGGGAUCAAAUACUUAUUUCACUCAUUGACAUGCAAAUCAAUUUAUAACAUUUUUGACAUGCGUUUUUUUCUUUUUUUGUUUUGUUAUUCUGUGUCUCACUGUUAAAAUACACUUACCAAUAAAAUUAUAAACUGAUACUUUCUUUGUCAUUGGGCAAACUUUCAAAAUUAGCAGGGGAUCAAAUACUUUACCUCACUGUAUCAAGCCGGCUGUGUUAGGGAGGCAAUAGGCAGCCCAUGCCAGUAAUACAUAACUGAGGAGCAUGUUGAAAGAUGUCAGUGGUUAGGCUAGUUGAAGUACAUCUUGAUAUGCUGAAGGUACCCUGGUAGCUGUGUCCCUGCUAGCAGUUUUUUUCCCUCCAUGUCUGUUACAUUUGUGAGUUACGUGUAAAUGUAAAUUGCAUAUGCAUACAUAGUUUACAUACAAAUUUAAACAGAACAUUAGAGGAUCCUAAAUGAUGCAGAAAAAGUGUCACUUUCAAUCAAUACCAUAUCCCCCCUUCUGUCCCAAGUUGGAAUUUGGAGUGGGAGGGAGUAGUAAAAUUAUUAUUUUUAUUUUUUUUAAACUUCAUUUUACACUUUCAUAAGCAAAAACAUGAAGUAUAUAGAUGAGACUAUUUUUGGUGCCGGAGGUUAAAGGUGACUCUUGUCCUUUCUGGGAUUUAUUCCAGUACAGACAGGCUGACAUUUCAGUUAUGUUAUACUUAUCUUUAGAUGCCCAAACUAUAUUUUACAAUAGAAGUAUGUUUAAUAAUGUUAUAUCUUUUAUUUUAAAUUUUACAUUUUUUAUUUAAUUACAUUUUUUAAAUUUUAUAUUUAUUUGCCUCUCCUCCUCCCCUUUCUUUUUCAGCUUUACCGCCCGGGGUAUGUGCACCCACCUGGUGCCAACAUGGCUCCUUUAUCUGCACCCUACCCUGGUACGUCAAUGUAUCUGCCUAUGACCCAGCCUAUGCAAGUUGCUCCAAUGGCCUCUUCAGUGCCCAUGGCAUACUAUCCUAUUGGUCCUGUGUAUCCACCUGGUUCCACCGUCCUUGUUGAAGGCGGGUAUGAUGCUGGGGCCAGAUUUGGACAUGGCAGCGCUGCAACAGUGCCCGUAAGUAUUUCUUUUAAUAUGUAUUUUAAUUCUUGUUUGUUCUUAAGAAGUCGUUAUGAUCUGACAAACAACAAACUGGUUGAUAAUGAUCCAGUCUAUCGUUUCCAUAUGCUUCAAUCACAAAGCGAUUAAAUGUUACAGUAUCAAUGGAGAAAUAGUAAUGUGUGACUGACGCCUGGAAAUAAACUAAUGUUAUUGUCAAACCAUGCCUUUUCCAGAAAGCGAAGCUGAAGUGAGAAACAGAAGGCUGAUAUACAGGUGAUACCCGAAAAAUUAGAAUAUCAAGCAAAAGUUCAUUUAUUUCAGUAAUGCAAUGUAAAAGGGGAAACUAAUAUAUGAGAUAGAUGCAUUACAUGCAGAGCAAGAUGGUUCAAGUCAUAAGUGCGAUGAUUAUGGCUUACAGCUCAUGAAAACCCCAAAUCCACAAUCUCAGUAAAUUAGAAUAUUGUGAAAAGGUGCAAUAUUCUAGGCUCACAGUGUCUAAUCAGCUAAGUAAGCCAUAACACCUGCAAAAGGUUUCUGAGCCUUUAAAUGGUCUCUGUCUGGUUCAGUAGGAAUUACAAUCAUGAGGAAGACUGCUGACCUGAGAGUUGUGCAGAAAACCAUCAUUGACACCCUCCAUAAGGAGGGAAAGCCUCAAAAGGUAAUUGCGAAGAAAGUUGGAUGUUCCAAAAGUGCUGUAUCAAAGCACAUUAAUAGAAAGUUAUGUGGAAGGGAAAUGAAUGGAAGAAAAAGGUGUACAAGCAGCAGGGAUGACCGCAGCCUGGAGAGGAUUGUCAGGAAAAGGCCAUUCAAAAGUGUUGGGGACUUUCACAAGGAGUGGACUGAGGCUGGAGUCAGUGCAUCAAGAGCCACCACACACAGACGGAUCCUGGACAUGGGCUUCAGAUGUCGUAUUCCUCUUGUAAAGCCGCUCCUGAACAGCAAACAACGUCAGAAGCGUCUUACCUGGGCUAAAGAAAAACAGACCUGGUCUGUUGCUCACUGGUCCAAAGUCCUCUUUUCUGAUGAGAGCACCUUUUGUAUCUCAUUUGGAAACCAAGGACCCAGAGUCUGGAGGAAGAAUUGAGAGGCACACACUGCAAGAUGCUUGAAGUCCAGUGUGAAAUUUCCACAGUCUGUGUAGAUUUGGGGAGCCAUGUCAUCUGCUGGUUUUGGUCCACUGUGCUUCAUUAAGGCCAGGGUAAACGCAGCCGUCUACCAGGAGAUUUUGGAGCACUUCAUGCUUCCUUCCGCAUACAAGCUUUAUGGGGAUGCUGACUUCAUUUUCCAGCAGGACUUGGCACCUGCCCACACUGCCAAAAGCACCAAAGCCUGAUUCAAUGACCGUGGCAUUACUAUGCUUGACUGGCCAGCAAACUCGCCUGACCUGAACCCCAUAGAGAAUCUAUGGGGCAUUGCCAAGAGAAAGAUGAGACCGAACAAUGCAGAAGAGCUGAAGGCCGCUAUUGAAGCAUCCUGGUCUUCCAUAACACCUCAGCAGUGCCACAGGCUGAUAGCUUCCAUGCCACGCCGCAUUGAGGCAGUAAUUGCUGCAAAAGGGGCCCAAACCAAGUACUGAGUCCAUAUGCAUGCUUAUACUUUUCAGAGGUUCGAUAUUGUUCACUCCAUGUUUUAUUGAUUACAUGUAAUAUUCUAAUUUACCGAGAUUGUGGAUUUGGGGUUUUCAUGAGCUGUAAGCCAUAAUCAUCGCGUGACAAAUCACGGCUUGAACCAUCUUGCUUUGCAUGUAAUGCGUCUAUCUCAUAUAUUACGUUGCAUUACUGAAAUACAUGAACUUUUGCACAAUAUUCUAAUUUUUUGAGUAUCACCUGUAUCGACACAUACACAUGAUGGCAAUGUAAUGUUAAAGGGACACUCUACUGCCCAAAUACAAAAUAAAUAAAAUUCAGUUUAGUAGAUCUACCCCAAAUGAAAAUUUGCAUACAUUUAAUUUUUAAAUUCAAGUUAUAUCUAAAAAUGGCUUGCAAAAACUGCAGAUCUUUGUAAUGAGAAGUCUUUGCAAGGCAGGUGCUCUGGGCAAUUGCUGCCUCUUGAGUCUUGUGCAAAUAAGCUAACCAAACCAGGACCUAAUGCCUGCUUGAAAGCCAAGGGUGUAACCAGUAUAAUGUAUUAUAGCGUAAAUUUGUAUUGAAAUCUGCACUUUUUCCAAAAUGAAAAAAUUAGGACGCAAUCUUUGCACGUAAAGCUUUUUAACAAGCUAAAAUGAUUUAAGCGUCUGGAGGGCCCCUUAAAUAAAACAUCCUGAGUCGUGUAACUUAUUUUCUAAUUGGGCUAAAGCACCAGGAUUGGUGCCAAAUUUGCAACCCAUUUGGUGAUGUUGGUAAAGGGAAAUGGCAACAAAUUAACCUUUUAGAUCUGCUGUCAGCGAAUUCCCUGUGGCAGGAGCUAGCCGUGAGUGCCGGUAAGGGGUGAUUAGAGUGGGUGCCAAUUGUGCCAGCUCUGUUACUGAUUUGGAUGGAGAGAUACCCAUUUGCCUCUGUUGUGUUACUUGCCAACAACCUAAUCUCCAUCUACAUUUGAUAAUUAUCAUCAUGCUAACAGCAAUAAUUUGCAAUUUCCUUGUCUAUUCUUAAUUCCUGAUUUUGUGAAUUUGCUUUUAACUAUAUGGCAUAACCUGGCUUUAUGUUUACGUAUAUUAGGAUUCACCAUGAGGUCACUUGUUUAUUCAUCCCAGGGUUGCAGCAUAUGAAGUCAACUUAAGAUACAACUAAAUAUACCUGUAUGCACCAAACAACUAAAAUGCCAGAAACAAAAUAUAGCAUAGAGGGAAAAACAGGAAAGUUGAGAAAAGAGAUGAGCGGUGUAGCAAAACAAUUUAAAGUGAUGUGGAUAUCCCAAUCUAUCUGCAAAAACUCUUACUGAGCCAUGCUUAAACAUGAGGGUUAUUUAUUCAUCACAUUACAGUUCCUCUUUCUUCAAUACAAUUAUAUUGGUAAAUUUGCUUAAUUCCAAUAGCAAUAUGUGCAGGUGAGAGUGUAACAUUCUCAAGCACAAUACCUUUUUAACAAUGCUUAAUUUACCAAUAUAAUGGUAUUCUUCCAUUGUUCUUGAAUUUUGUUGUUCGUGCAUGCAAGAGUUAUUGGACAAAAUCUGACAUUGUCUUUAAUACAUUUUCACUUAUCUUUUCCAGCCACCUCCUCCUGGCUGCCCUCCCAAUGCAGCUCAGCUUGCGGCCAUGCAAGGUGCCAACGUCUUAGUCACACAGAGAAAAGGCAAUUACUUCAUGGGCGGUUCGGAUGGAGGAUACAGUAUGUGGUGAAAGGAAUGAAGAAGCAUGGAAAUGGGGGGGAACAUAAAGCAAAAAAACCCACAAAAAAGUAAAAAAAACACAUUAAAAAAAAUGGGCUAAUUCUUUUGUAUGAGGAAUGACAUCUCACUGCGUGAGCACUUCCUGCGAUGUUCAGCUUUAGAAUAUUAACCCAGAAUUGCUGUUUAGACACACAUUUAGUGGGGUGUCUUGCCAGUGUUCAGUCUGUACUCCUAAUGUAGGAAAAAAGGUCCUUUUUAAAAAGAAGGAAAUAAAAAUGCUUUGCAACCCUUCAUACCACAACUUAACUUCCCCCACGCAUUUUCACUCGUUAAGAAGAUUAAACAUAUUUACAGGUUAAUUUUAGGUUUCCUGGAUCUCCUUAGAAGGAGAAAAAAAAAAAAAAGGAACUGCAUCUGGGGGGUAAUUAUUGAGAAAUCACAAGGAAACAGAUUGAAUGUGAUUUUUUUUUUUUGAUUUUUUUUUUUGUGUGUGCUUUAAAAACUGUUAUAAACUGUUAUAGGACAGUUUAUAGUAGGAACGUGCGAUGUGUUUUUCAGAGAAUGGAAGCAAGAUUCACUUGCAUACACAUAACAUUUAAAUAUAACUUUGGGAGUUCUUUUUAACAUGAAUCCCAAAUGUGUCCUGGCAAUUUCUGUUUUCUGCCCUAUAUUCUGAUUUAUAAAUAUAUGCAUCUUGUAUCUGCUCUUUAUAUUUUUGUUUUAACUUCAUGAUAUUCUUUACCUCUGUAAUAACACUUCAAGCCAUUUGCAGACGCUUGAUAUUGACACAUGGCUUUGGUGUUUAUUGAAAUGUGGGUGCUGGAACAAAACUGUUCAAAAUAAUCUAGUAAUUUCACAUUGUCUGAAUGCUGAAAGAAUGAUUUCUUUUAUUACUGGUUCAUUUUUUUUUUUAGCAAAGUGCUAGUCCCAGCAAUAAAGCCCUAAUUUCCAACAUUGAGCAACAUUGAGAUGUUUCUGAAAUCUUUUUUUUCAGCACCCAAAUUAUUAUAUAAAGCCACCUAGAUGUGUAUUUUUAAGGUUAUUUCCCUAAUACAUUUCUUAUAUAAAAGUACAUAUAAAAAAAGUUUUCUUUUGAAGUUAAGAAGCAAUAUGUUUUAAGAGAAAUUAAUGAUCUACACUAAACUCCAAUGCACACACAUAUUGUGAUGUUGGGCCAUAAGGCUUCCUGGUAUAAAAACAAACCUAAAAUGGCCAGAUUUUGUUAAUGCAUGUGGUGGGGCAGCCAUCGCAUUUCACAAAUGCUGCAUGUGAUCGCUGUUACUCCUAAAAUAUAUGUACAUUUCUGUAUGGUCCGUCUGUUUUGAUGCUUAAAACAAAUCCUGGGAGAUCAAUCAUGCCUGCACACUGUCUGCUAUAGUUUGGGGGUGGCUUUAUGCUAUGAGAUUUAAAAACAGAGGUUUCCUUGUAUUUCUUUCUCAUGAACCCUAUCUAGCGUAAAAAACAUACAAUGUUAGGGCUAUUGUAAUUAUUGAAACACAUUGAGGUUGAUUCACUAAACACUAAAUUGUAGUGAAUCGAAAAUGUAAUUGCAAAAUUUAGGCAACAACAAUUUGUUUAUAAAACAUUUGCUGUAGUCACAGUUUGACUGUUUUUGCCUCAAUUUAGCAAUUUGGGUUUUAAUUCAGUGUUUAGUUAAUUAACUGUAUUCCCAGUGGUUAUAGUGAAAGUUAUUCUAAUUCAUCAGAAAGAUCUACAACAGGGCAAGAGGAUAAACAGAUUAACAUCUAUGCCUAUAGCCUUUUAGAAGGUAAUCAUCGGCCCUGGGGUGCAGUGUCAUCAGUGUUUGCUAGUGGUACCAUAGUCAAUCAAAUUUAGGCCAAUAAUUACAUCUUCAGUAAAUAUGUGCGUUACAAUGACUUUGUUUUGAUGAAUAAACAUAUAUUGGAAAAAAAUUCAACUAUUCUGCUUUUUUGUUUUUAAGAUAGAAUUAAAAUAUUAUGCCUGAAGGUUUGCAAGACUCCAUAGCAUUGGGGUAAGCCUCAAAACAGAUUAGGGCCAUUACAGAAAAAAAUAAUAUAAAAACUCUUGUUACUCCCCAGUGAAGCCAAUUUUCCAAUCUGUAUUUCAUUUAUACCUUGCAUAUAUUGAGCCAACAAGCUUGAAUGGUUGCAGUAUGAAGGACAGCAUAUGUUGGUUGUUUAAAUACAGCUAUACUAGUGGUUUCUUUUUAGAAACAGCUGAACUCCAGUGAAAGAGGUGAAGUUAUUUCCAGAAUCACUAGCCUACGAGAAGAAUAAUUCAGGGAUUCAGUUGUGUUUGAAGAUGUUUUAUGUGAGUGAUCAGUUUGCUGCUCAAGUAACCCAUAGUGAAAUGUUCUCCAGGUCUCUGUUGUAGCAAACAUGUUACAAAAAAAAACCCAACUUAUUUUGUUAUGCAAGACAUCAUUUAGUUUUAGUUGUACUUAUGCAGUAUACAGUGAAUAGUCUUGAGCUGUACUGGGAAUAAUUCCAGUUCUGGUUCACAUGAAAGGAAUGGUUACCAUAUCUAGUACAGUAAAGAAAUGUUACUUCUGUUAAAUAAGUCCUGUCUCUCUCCAUACUGUUUUAUAGGCUCUUAUGACUGACUUACUAAGGAAGUUUAGCAUUCAAUGUCUUUAAUACACUGUGGUGCACUUGUGGAUUUUGAUUUUAUACUAAAACAAAUGUAGAUUUAAAAACUAUUUUGAAGAUUUGAAUAAACUGAUGAUGUUGAAAUAAACCUCAUAAUAUGAAAAUCUCCAAUUA